CUGGCUCUUAUAAAUGUGGCUGCAGGAUUUCGGUUUAGUCCAGCAGUCAUCACAGGAGCUUUUCCCAGAGCCCGAACAGCGACUUGUGGUAUCUUCAGCUUUUAUCAGAAGAGACAUGGGCUUCUUCAAAUUAUCUGCUGUCUUCUUGCUCUCACUCUUGCUGUGGGAGGUGCACAGUAACAAAGAGCCAACACUGAAUUGUCCUCGGCACAGCUCAGCUGAAUACACUUCACCGUGUGACAGGACCUGCGCCAACGCACUUAAUCCUCAUGGACACGUUUGCACUGAGAAGGCACAAUACACCUGUAAAUGUAAAAUAGGAUUCCUGGCUCAGAUCGGGACUUCUGGGGAAUCUGUACAGUGCGUCAAAGCAGAAGAAUGCAAAGUCACCUGUGGUCCCAACCAGCACUAUAAGGCCUGCGGAUCCGGCUGCCCACCAACAUGUGAAAAACCAAAGGGACCUAUAAUCUGUACCACAAUGUGUUCUCCAAAAUGUGUCUGUGAUAAGGGAUAUGUUCGUCUUGACGAUAAAUGUGUACUAGAAAGCGAAUGUAAAAAUACACACGAUCAGCCGCAUCAUGCCUGAUCAUGCUGCAGAUAGAAUUAUGUUCUGAAAAAGCAAUGACAUUAUAUCUUUGAAUGUGUAAAGCAGAUGAAGCAGAGCUGAAUGUGUUAUUAAUCUGUUUCUUUCAUCCACUUUGAUGAUACAGCAAAUGUACCUGUAGUUCUAUGGAAAAAACACAUCAUAGUAUCAUCAGCCGUUAGCAAGUUGAGCUCUGCUAGAUUUCCAAAUGUUCAUCCUCCAGUUUAUUGCUGCUUGGCUUCUGUAAACUCCUUAAGAAAUAAUAAAAGUGUGAAAUAAUA